CUUCCUCCUCUUCUUCUUCUUUUAGGACCCACUUCGUUUCUCGGACGGGCGCGCGCCGCCGUGCGCGCAUGGCAUUUUCACGCGCGCACGCGGAGACUGCAUUUAUUAAAAGCGAUACAUUAUGAUUCAAAGAUUAUAUCUUUCGAUUCGUCUAGACAAAGCGGAGAGGGGGACACCUUAUAAAAUCGUACGUCGGCCGCCCCUGAAAUCAUUGUACGAACGCCAACGCGACUUUUCGCUUCUCGCUAAUUUUUUUUCUUUUCGUUUUAUGUUUAUCUACCCCCUUUCUAAAUAAUCGACAUUACGAUAAGGUAAUAGAAAAUAAGAAAGAAAGAAAGAGAAAAGAAAAUCCAACGAUUGAUAUAGAAUUUGAACGAUAUUCAAAGAUUCGAAACGUGAAGUUCGAGUGAAAUCGAGAAACUUGAAAGUAAACAGAAUCGAAGUGACUGGUCCACUCGAUUUCGAAGGAAAAAAAAAAGGAAGAAAGAAAAAAGAAAGAGGUAAAGAGAAAGAAGUGGGAGAAAGAUUUUGGAGGAGGAGGAAGAAGAAGAAGAAGAAGAAGAAGAAGAAGAAAAAGGAGUAGAAGAAAAAGGAGAAGAAGAAGAAGAAAGAGAAGAAGAAGAGGAAGAAGAAGAAGAAGGAGAAGGAGAAGAAGAAGGAGAAGAGGAAGAGACACACGUUCGAAAGGGUCUCUCCUCUACGUAGAAAACACCGGGUGGAGGCGAGAAGACGAGAGGGAGAGAAACCUCGGCGAAAGGGAGGGGAGAAAGAGUAGCAGAAAGACAGAGAGAUAGAAAGAGAAGAAAGAGACAGAAGGAGAAAGAGAAAGAGAGAGAGAGAGAGAGAGAGAGAAAGAGAGAAGAGGAGGAGGAGGAGGAGGAGGAGUCAUCGUAGUAACACCGGCACCGUCUCCUCUCUCGCGGCUUCGUGCUUGUCUCGGAAUUAGUGAGUAGACAGAAUUAUGUCCGUGAGGAAGGCGGCACUACGUCUCAGUCGAGACCUACUGCUCGGCCGGUGCACACGCACAUAAAGAGAGAGAGAGAGAGAGAGAGAGAGAGGGAGAAGAAGUAGAAAAAGAUAAAGAGAGAGAAAGAAAGAGAAAAAGAUAAAUAAUAGAUAAAGAUAGAAAAAAGAAGCUAGAUAAACUCUUUGGCACUCUUCCCUAACUCGCAGGAAUAUCACGGUUACCUUUUCUCUCGCGACUUAGACUAGUCCGAGAAGUUCGAGACGAAUGAACUAGAAAGAGUGAAAGAGAAGCAACGCGACUACAUUUUGCCUGGUGGACCACAAUCGUACGACAUCAGUUUUGGUAACGCUCGCAUUGGAGACCGAGUGUUCCUCUUUCACGUGGUGCUUCCAAAGUUCUCGGUACGCGCUCGAAUGAACGCGCAAGCGCGCAUACUUUCGAUCGAGAUCAAAUAAGAGUACUCUUCUAAAAGUAAUAAAAGAGAAAGAAAGAAGAGGGUAGAGAUAGAGAUAGACAUAGAGAUAGAGAUAGAGAUAGAGAGAGAGAAAGAGAGAAAGAGAUAGAGAAAGAGAGAGAGAGAGAGAGUUAUAUAUAGAAAGAGAAUGCUCUUCGAAUCAUUGCUGAGUUGACGAGAUAGGUACAUUCUGUCUAUGUAAUUUGAGAUUCGAAAUAAACGACGAGAUUCGGUAAAGAUUUGUAAAAGAUGAGGUUGAGGUGGUCAAUCGUUUUGUUGCUGGUGAUGAACAUCGUUGUUUGUGGUUGGUCUCAUCAGCAUCAACAUCAUCAUCGUCGUCGUCAUACACCGAAUAGUAGUAGUAGUAGUAGUAGUAGUAGUAGUAGUAGUAGUAAUAGUAGUAGUAGCAGUAGUAAUAGCAAUAGCAGUAGCAGUAGUAGCAGUAGUAGUAGUAGUAGUAGUAGCAGCAGCAGUAGCAGUAAUAGGGAACAUCUUCUCGAUGAAACUAUAAACAAUUUUGAAAGGAACGAUGAUGAUGUACCAAUGAGUAUAAGUGAAAAGACAAGGAAAAGUUUGAAGUUAGAAGAGGGAAAAGUUUCGGUACCGUUCAGCGCGCGUAGGCUUGAGAAGAUGUUGGAAAAGGCCAUAGUGAAGAUAAUCACGGGUGAUCUUAGUACGGCCGAUAUGAUAUUGCUGAAAAGUUUGAAUUACAGUUUGGAUGAGAUCCUCGCGAUUCGCGAAUACGAGCUUGGUAAGAAGAAGGAAGAGGAGAGAAGACGGGAGGAGAGGAUCAAGUUAGAAAGGGAAAGGCACAGAUCUAAAGGAAAACAUUUCGAGGACGGAAAGAAUUCAAUGGAAUUCGAUUUGUCUAAAUACGAAAAGAAGAAAAGAGAAAAGAUCCAAGAGAAAUCGACGUACGACGAGGAUUUCGAUUUCGAUGCUUACAAUCGACAGGCCGUGAUGGAUUACGAGAAUCUAGCCUCGAAAAUGGAACUCCAACAGACUUGGUCUGAUCCUAGCAUAUCUGAUUACGAUGAUAGUGCGAAAGAAUUGAAGGAGAAACGUCCGAUGGACAAAAACAAUAAUAACAACAAAAACAAUGAUGACAACGACAACGACGAUGGGAAUUCGUCAUCUGAAAAUUUCCAUCGUAAUUUCGACAAGGCUAUGGAACCGCACGUGAUAUUUAAGAUACGUUACGAUGAUUCCGAAUUCGAUUCAUCAAGUUCCGAUGAAAAGUCGAGGAUACCAAGGAAACAGAUGGAUCGUGGCUUUCCGAGAGUUCCGAAAUAUCGUGGAUCGUCUUAUUCGAAACAAAAUUCAUUAACAAACACUGGCAAUUCCUUUCACAGUUCGACCAUCGUCACUUCUUCUUCUUCUCCUUAUUCCUUUACUUCUUCGUCUUCAUCAUCAUCGUCAUCAUCAUCUUCACCAUCCUCAAUUCCUGUAGUUUAUCGAUUGGACGAUCUUAAACUAGCUAAAUUGGAUUACUUGGGCAAACCAAAUCGUUUUGAUCCAACUAAUCCUGUGGAAAUUCGAGAAACUAAUACAAAAAAUUUUAUUGACGUGAAAAAUGUUACUUUGUCGGAAGGAUCUCGUGUUAUCGUUGAUAGCAAUGUCACCAACGAACUGGAAUCGAGAAAUGAAAAUUCAACGAACAGAACGAACGACGGGGAUACCUCGAAAUUAUCGGUCAAACGUAUCAGCGAAUACGAAGGAUUGGAGUGGGUCGAAGACGACGUUUAUCGAGUGAUACCAUCUCUAGCGGAUUCUCUCGCGGAUUACGAAAACGUAGAAGACGAAAACGAGCCAUUGGAAUACGAGGACGAAGCUCUUCCAAAUUAUGAACAAAAUUCUACGAGCUUCGAGGAAAAUGAGAACGACACUGCCGAAUAUCAAAACGACACUCCCGAAUCGGUAAAACUCUUCAUGGCUAACACCAAUUUAACAUCGAUGGACAAUCAAUCCUUUUCGUCCUAUCAGGAAUUGGCUCUGGCUCAUCGACGAGAAGGAAACCUAACAUCAACCUUCGACAGUCAAGGCCAGAAAGCGAUCGAAGAUAUAAAAUCAAGAGUACUGGCACUAACAGGAAGGUUCAACCUAAGCUCGAACGCGAAUAAGGUUCAACGCGAAAGGCUGACCAUGUUCUCGCCUACGUGUCAAACGCCGCGUAACACGGAUCAGGAAGCUUGGGCCGACCCGUUCUCGAUGAACAUGCACUUUCAAUUGAAUCUGACGUCGGGCGAGCACGUGGUCGCUGCGAAAUUAAGGAUCUACAAGUUACCACAAGAGAAUCUUACGUCGUCUUUACCAAGUAUGAGUGGUAGUGUCGUUGACGAACAAGAAGAGGAGGACGAGAAGAAGAUCAGAAUAUCAGUUUACUAUUACACGAAAACGUUGAGAAAGCAUCGAGCAAAGAAACGCUUGAUGGACUCUUUGGUGACGCCAUUGACGAACGAGGGUACACACUUGGCAUUAGACGUACGACAAGGACUCAGAUUUUGGAGGCUAAAUCCAAGAAAUCCACAUGGUAACGGCGGCAAUCACGGGCUGGUAAUUCAGGUGGAGGAUCAGGAUGGUCGACCGCUCAAACCGGCCCUUUACAUUCAGGAGCCGUCUUGCUCGAACGGCGACGACGAUCAGAAGGCAUACCACCACUUACCUGCACUUUUCGUCCGAGCCUGUACUCGUUACGUUCGCGUCGUAAACGGCGAAACGGUCACGUAUGUGAAUUGCAGGCACUAAAGGUGCCGGCGAGUAGCCAGGGUUGAUGAUUACGAUGGUUCAAGAAGAAAAGAAGGUGGAGAAAGAGGAAAAGAGGGAGAGGGAAGAGAAGGAGAAGGAGGGACGGGACAACGAAAAAUCGUGUUAAAACAAACGUAUACGUUUUCUCGUCGGGACUACUCACUCCGCCAACUCUAUAUUUCAUAUUUUUGUAAAUGAUUAAAUUCGAUUCAUAGAAGAACUAUAUAUAUAUACAUAUAUAUAUAUAU